AAAUGACAUGUUUGGCCUGUUUCAGCAACUCAACGUUUUCGUUUGAUUGGCCAGCUUGUAAUGACAACAGCUUUCGAGGUCAGUUGAACAGUCAAGUGUUACUUACCGAAUCUGCGAAGGAAUAAUGAGUAUUUUCUACAUUUAAAGGGCUAUCUCUUCUGAGAAUUACAGAAAUGUCAGACAAUCCUUCGGAAACGAGCAACUAUCUGCGAUUCCUCGCUGUUUUUGUUGACAUAGGAACAGAGCGGCUGUUGAAAUUGUUAUACCAUUACCAGCCAAAAGAAACUAUAAACACGUAUCUUUCAUCUGGAAAAGUUCGUAGUAAAUUAGAGAAGGUACUACACGGGCAGAAAUUUAAAAAAGUCACUUCAGGCUAUGCCAAUGUAGACGAGUUUGACGUUUCAGUUUUGGGCACACUACUCGACGAGCUGUUUACCGGUAUCGUACCCCCUAACAUAGCAACUGAUCUUAAAAAACUACGGUCGAUGCGAAAUAAAUUAGUUGGACAUCGGCAUAAAGCAUCAUUAACAUCAGAGGAAACCGAGCAGAUCUUUGGGGAACUGGAAAUCAUUUUAGUCCGAAUUACUGGAAUUGUUAAACCUAAUGAGGAGGAACAACUUGCAAGAAAGAUUGAAGCUUACAAAACGAUGAAACUAGACUCGUCUCAGAAAGAUAUGUAUUUGACCAAAAUUAACGAAUGGCAUGAUGAAUUACAGGAAAAGGUCAAAGAACUUCUGGAGCAAACAAACGAUUUGAAGCUGUUCUUUAAAGGUGUAAGCGAUAAAUACUCCAGUUAUGUAGCGCUGUUAUUACACGCUGGACCCCUGGUUUUAACAGCUUAUCUUAAUGAAGCCAUAAGGAUGCAACGACAAACACUUGCAGAAUUUCUCAUUUACAACCGAGAGUUAUUACAAACUGAACUCAACACUCAGGAUGGCAUAAAACAACUGUAUCCCAGAAUCGAUGAAGGUGAAACCAGACCUAAUACAGAUAUGAAUACAUGGGAUCUUUAUGUACUGGCAAACGUUAUUUUGAUAGUUUUCAGAAGAUCCAUGAAACGGAAGGAAAGACGAAACAUUGAAGGUAUACUGAGGGCAAGAGAAAACUAUGCAGCAGAAGCAAUUGAAGCAUUAGACAGAGAAAGGUUUUCACACUGUUGUGAGAACCUAGUGCACAAUAUAAUGUCGCUAGCUGAAGAUUUAGACGAAGACAUCGAAUCUCAAUGCGAUGAGCUCAUUAAAGCAUAUAGAUCAGGAAAGAAAGACCGAGAUGACCUAGAUAAAUACAUGAAAAGGCUGAAAUGCCAUGACUUGGGAAUUGUCAGUCUUUCUGAAAAAUAUGAAGAUCAUAUAAAGAAACUCAAGCAAGCAGUUGAAGAAACUGACGAAGCUAGAAUUGACUUCAAAAAGUGGCCUGAAAUCGAGAUCAAAAUUCAAGUAACUUGUGAAGACCCAGAGAAAAGAAAACAGGCAGAGCUACUUAUCCAAAAGUCACUCGGUUAUUCAAACGAAGAAAUAGAGAGUGGUCAAGAGAUUUCCGCACUACUUGAAAUCAGACAAAAGAUUGAAAAUAUGCCAUCAGUUCACGUAGUUGCUGUUAAACAGAACAGUGUUAUAUUAGCAGUAAGAUGUGAAUCUAAGCAAGGUUUACUACAGUUGAUAGACUUCAUAGUCGGUCAAGGAUUUAAAGAAAAUCUUAAUGAGUCCGCUUUUGAAUUAGAUGAUAUCUUUAACGAGACAUUCUGCUUGCAAGGGUAUUUCACGCUAGAAAGUGUGUUAGAAAGUGUUCGAAAUGCUCACUCAGACAAUUUUCAGUCGGAGCAAGAUGAGGGUUUCAUCCUGCCAAUAGCAUGCUCUUCGCCAGAAGAAAACAGAAAAUUUGAGCGUGCUGUUCAGCACCGGGAACAUUCUGAAUACCGUGGAGAAAUUUAUGAACGUGAGCGGAAAUAUUUCUCUGACAGAGAAUCAAUGCACGGAAUUUCACCAGACAGUAGACAGAAUUUAAACGUUCAGCAAAAUGAAAUUCAGCAGGCUUUGAACAAUGAGCUCCGAACAGAAAAAGAACGUGUCGUGGCUCUUCAGCAUGAGAAAAGUAUUGUUGAAAGAGAGAAGAUGGAAGCUGAAAGACAGCUUGAAGAGGCCGAGGUCAGAAUAGACGCACUUGAGAAAGAAUGGCGUAACGUGGAGAAAAUUAUAGAAGAGAAUCAGAGACGUGAACGUGAAAUGCGAAGUCAGAUUGCGGAACUUGAAGUAGAGAAUUCACGACUCGCCUAUCAAAUAUACGAAAUAGAGACGACAGAACGGGAUAUUGAAAGAACUAAAGCAAUCCAUAGAAAGACAAAUUUUGACAGUCAAUCUGCUAUGGAUCGCACCACUCCAAGUAGAGACACUACUGAAACUAUACAUCAGAUACAAAAGCUGCAGGCUCAGUUGGAACAAACAAAACAACAGUUCAUUCAAAGAGAGAACACGUUACUUGCCAGGCUUGAAGAGGCAGAAGAAGCUCGUUUGAAGGCGACGAAACAGGCUACAUCAAAAGCGUAUAGCCAGAUAUGGAAGUCGGAGAAGGCUGAUUUGAAAGACUAUUUAGAAAAAUCUGAAAAAGAACGCAAAGAACUGGAACGUGUACUCAGAGUGGCAAAGAAAGAUAACAUGGAUAUGUCAACAAAGCUGUUUGAAAUGAAGAUUAAGAUGUCUGAAGUUGAAGAAAACUAUUAUGAAAAAUUGUCGAAGACAUCUUCGGAAGAAUACAUUUUGAAGCAAGAGAUUGAAGACCUUAAAGAAGACUUAGCGACUGAGGUGCGUCUGCGGAAAGAAUAUAUUCUCAGAAAUGCAGUGUUAGCUGAAGAAAUUCGCGCAAUUCGAGAAAGAUUAGACAUUGUCGAUCAAGAGCAGACGUUGAACAAGGUACAUCUUGAAAAGGAUCUAGACAGGGUUUACCGACGUAACUCAAAUAUGCGGCGUUAUCAACCGCGUUAUCGAACCCCACUUCUGCAAACAAAAAAAUCAGGACAAUUUUAUAUGAAGUCGCCAUUACAAUCGAGCGAAUUCAAAUUUUAUUAGUUACCAGCCAUAUGUUUCUUUCUCCGUUUUCCAACAUUUUAUACACUUUAUGUACUUUAUGAGCUUUUGAGAAAAAUAUGGUGUGAUGAUUUACAACAAAAUUGUAAAAUUAGCAAUUUUGAGAAACUAUUAGUCUCAUAGUGAAUCUAAAUUACUUAACUGACUAUUUUUGAUUGAGUUUCGCCCAUUUACAUUGAAAGGAGAGAAGGAUGUCUUUUGAACCGAGAUAACCUUUUUGGAUUUGAGAAUACAAUAAGAAUGUAAGACUCCAUUUGAUUAUAACAAAACUUUCUUCUUGUUCACUAAACAGUUACUAUAUGUAAUAAGCGUGUAUACAUUUUAUGUCUCAUGCAUCUUGAUAAAUUAUAGAUUUGUUUUCUUAUUUCUGGGUACGAAGUUAUAUUGAAAUCACAGUUUUUGUAUAGUCAUAGUUUCGUCUGUUUUCCUUGAAAACAAAGUAAUUUUUCAGUGACUAUAUCCAAAUGCAUUCUUCAUUUCAGUAAAAUUCAUUUAGAAUAGUCUUUUCAGGCUAUGGGUGAAGAAGUAUAUAAAUUCUAUAUUCCGAAUACAUUUUCUUGAAUAAACGUAUUUUCCCGACACCAUUGUCAAGAUAACUGUUGAUUUUGUCAGUUUAAACUACACUGUCUUUAAUUUGAUUUUUUCUUGAAGAAAAUGACAAAUUAUUAAAAAGGUUUUUAUUUUCACAAUUAAGAUCCUUUGAUCUUUCUAUCUCGCUCGGGAGUAUAAAUUUUAUCAACAAUCCACAGAUAUUCAGUCUUAAAAGGAGGAAAUGAAUCAUUUUUCAUAAAGACCUUGAUGCCCGUUUCGACUGAGAACAAUCAUGUGAGAAAAUCAUACAGCUUUUCCUGAAUUCAAUUGUCAUAAUAUUUCGCUCCUUAUCUACUUUCGAUUUCGUCAAGGAGUAAUGUCCCUUCCAAGACAAGUAAUGUUCAAUUUCAAAAAUAUUAUGAGAGAUGCGGAUUUUUCAUCCUUUGUUAUUUUUUAUUAUUCGCCGAAGAGUUAUACGUAGUGAAUAUCAAUUGACACAGGUUGUCAUUCAAAACAUUGAUGUAGUUUUGCUCCUUUGUGAUUUUUAAUUUUCAUGGAGGGACAAUUGCAUUACCAAUUGAAUUGACAUGUAAUGUGACUAUAGCAGGAACUGUUUCUCAUUGUUCUGUAGUUUUGCUCCUUUGCUGUUUUCGAGUUUUCGUCAAGGAGUAUUGCACUACUUAUUGACAUGUAGUGAAAUUAAACCUUUCAAAACAGUGUUAUGUAGUUUUGCUCCUUUUAUUCUUUUAUAUAUUUUUCACGGAGGACUAACUGCACUACCAUUUGACAUGAAAGGAGUUGUUUGUCUAUCAAAAUAUUUGUUAUGUGGCUUUACUCCUUCGCUAGUUUCGAUUUUUCGUGCAGGAGUAACUGCAAUAACAAUUGACAAGUAAUGGAACUAAUCAGGUUCAAAACAUUUGUUACAAAUUGAAUGUAAAUAGUUAGUCAUAUUUGCUAUUUUCGAUUUAAUAUCAAAUUUAAUUGCCAAUUGUAUAGUGACAUAAUCGUUUCUUUUUUGUUGUUGCUUAAAUUAAUAUUUAAUGGAGGACGUAUAAUGCUCAUUUAUUUAUUUUACUCCUUUUCUCUUUUCAAUUUUUGGAAGAGUUAUGUCAAUAUUAUGCAUUCACGCUUAUAGCAAAUAACAAAACUGGAACUGUUUGUCUUUAAGAAAUUGGACUUUUUCGAGAGAUUUCAAUGAUGAAACUACUGCUUUUACGAAACAACAAAAUAUAUGAACUGUUUGUCUCUCAAAACAUUUGUUAUGUAAGUUUGCUUCUUUGUUAUUUUCAAUUGUUCUUCAAGAAGUAAUUGCAAUAACUAUCAAGGAACGAUAGGUAUUGCUAUUGUAAAUCGCAAUUUGUCUUAGGUAUAUUAAUCAGGAGUAUUCCAACUCAUUUUUGGGCAAUAAACCUCUAAAACCUAAUGUUUUUAGUCUGAUGUUGAGUAGCCAUUUAGAAAGAGUGUUAUUAUUACGAAAUAUACAUAAAAUAUGUUGUUAAUAGCUAAAAUGUUUUGUUAAAUAGCAAAGAGGAGAUGUUUUAUUAUAUAUCUACGCUUUUUAAUCUCUUACAUAAUGUCAUGUUCAAGAACAUUCUUUGAGUAGUCGCUUUUGUAAUCAGCAGGCACAUUUGAAUGCAGUUGAUUGCGUUAGUUUUAUUUGUACGACAAUGUACUCUUACGCUAUUCAUAAAUCAUUAUAUUUAUUUAUGUUUAAAUGUUUUGUCAAUAAAUUUAUCUUCUCUUCUAGAUAUGUUUCGUUUUGUUUGUUAGUGAAGUAAUAUAAUAAAAGGAAAAUUGUAUAACUACACUAUGGAAGAGCAAUACAGUAAGGUGCGUUUUAAUUAUCAACUCGAAAUGUCGAGUUUCUAAGUUGAAAUUUCGAGUUACUUACUAAAAAUUUCGAGGUACUUAACUCAAAAUUUCGAGAUACUUACUCGAAAUUUUGACCUGGUAACUCGAAAUUUCUAGUUAUGAAAUUCGAAACAUCGAAUCAAUUAGUCGAAACUUCGAGUUCAGUUACUCGAAAUUUCUAUUUAAUAACAUGACAUUUUAACUUCCUAUCUUGCUUUCUUUCUCCGCGUUCCAACAUUUUAUUCACUUUAUGUACUUUAUGAGCUUUUGAGAAAAAUAUGGUGUGAUAAUUUACAACAAAACUGUAAAAUUAGCAAUUUUGAGAAACUACUGGUCUAAGAGUGAAUCUAAAUUACUUAACUGACUAUUUCUUAUUGAUUUUGGCCAAUUAAUAUUGAAAGGAGAAAAGGAUGUUUUUUAAACCGAGAUAAGCUUUUUGGGUUUGAGAAUACAAUAAGAAUGGAAGACAGUUUACCCUGGAUUUUGUAUAAUCAUAGUUUCUUUUGUUUUCCUCGAAAACAAAGUAAUUUUUUCAAUGACUAUUCAAAUGCAUUCUUCAUUUCAGUAAAAUUCAUUUAGAAUAGUCUUUUCAGGCUAUGGGUGUAGAAUUAUACAAAUUCUAUAUUCCGAAUAAAUUUCCUGACACCAUUGUCAUGGUAACUGUUGCUUUUUGUCAGUUUAAACUGCCUUUAAUUUGAUUUUUUUUAAAAGCUUGAAAAAUGACAAAUUAAUAAAAAGGUUUUUAUUUUCACAAUUAAGAUCCUUUGAUCUUUCUAACCGGCUCGGGAGUAUAAAUUUUAUCAACAAUCCACAGAUAUUCAGUCUUAACUAAUACAGCUGCCGCGCUGUUAAAAACAGGAAAUGAAUUAUUUAUUAUAAAGACGCUGAUGCCAGUUUCUAGUCAGAACAAUCAUGUGAGAAAAUCAUACAGUUUUUCCUAAAUUCAAUUGUCAUAAUAUUUCGCUCCUUAUCUACUUUCGAUUUCGUCAAGGAGUAAUUUCCCUUCCAAGACAAGGAAUGUUUAAUGACAAAAAAAGUAUGGGAGACGCGUAUUUUUCAUCCUUUGUUAUUUUUUAUUAUACGCCAAAGAGUUAUACGCUAAGAAUAUCAAUUGACACAGUUUGUCAUUCAAAACAUUGUUAUGUAGUUUUGCUCCUUUGUGAUUUUUAUUUUUCAUGAAGAAACAAUUGUAUUACCAAUUGAAUUGACAUGUAAUGUGACUAUAGCAGGAACUGUUUCUCAUUGUUCUGUAGUUUUGCUCCUUUGCUGUUUUCGAGUUUUCGUCAAGGAGUAUUGCACUACCUAUUGACAUGUAGUAAAAUUAAACCUUUCUAAACAGUGAUAUGUAGUUGUGCUGCUUUUAUUCUUUUAUAUAUUUUUCACGGAGGACUAAUUAUACUACCAACUGACAUGAAAGGAGUUGUUUGUCUAUCAAAAUAUUUGUUAUGUGGCUUUACUCCUUCGCUAGUUUCAAUUUUUCGUGCAGGAGUAAUUGCACUAACAAUUGACAAGUAAUAGAACUAAUCAGGCUGAACACAUUUGUUACAAAGUGAAUGUAAAUAGUUCUUCAUCUUUGCUAUUUUCGAUUCAAUGUCAAAUAUUAACUGCCAGUUGUAAAGUGACAUGAUUGUUUCUUUUUUGUUGUUGCUUAAAUUAAUAUUUAACGGAGGACGUAUAAUUCUCAUUCAUUUAUUUUACUCCUUUUCUCUUUUCAAUUUUUGGAAGAGUUAUGUCAAUAUAAAGCAUUCACGCUUAUAGCAAAUAACUAAACUGGAACUGUCUGUCUUUAAGAAAUUGGACUUUUUCGAGAGAUUUCAAUGAUAAAACUACUGCUUUUACGGAACAACAAAAUAUAUGUGUUGAAAUGUUUGUCUCUCAAAACAUUUGUUAUGUAAGUUUGCUUCUUUGUUAUUUUCAAUUGUUCUUCAAGGAGUAAUUGCAUUAACAAUCAAGGAACGAUAGGUAUUGCUAUUGUAAAUCGCAAUUUGUCUUAGGUGUAUUAAGCAGUAGUGUUCCAGCUCAUUUUUUGGCAAUAAACCUCUAAAACCUAAUGUUUUUAGUCUGAUGUUGAGUAGCCAUUUAGAAAGACAUGUUAUUAAUACAAAAUAUACACAAAAUAUGUUGUUAAUCGCUAAAAUGUUUUAUUAAAUUGCAAAGAGGCGAUGUUUUUAUUCUCUUACAUAAUGUCAUGUUCAAGAACAUUCUUUGAGUCGUCGCUUUUGUAAUCAGCAGGCGCAUUUGAAUGCAGUUGAUUGCGUUAGUUUUAUUUGUACGACAAUGUACUCUUACGCUAUUCAUAAAUCAAUAUAUUUAUUUAUGUUUAAAUGUUUUGUCAAUAAAUUUAUCUUCUCUUCUA